AUGUCAUGCAUUGUAAACUCAAAGUCUGUAGCUUUCUUCAAAGGCAGGACGAGCAGUGACAUGGCCGCUGAUGACAAGUCCUCGACGGACUGGAGCGUCGACCCGCCUGUCAUCUCGCCCACCAGCCCCUCCCAUCUGACCCACUUCAAACCACUGACUCCAGAGCAGGAUGACCCCCCCCUCCGCUCCGCAUACAGCUCGUUUGUCAACCUGUUUCGUUUCAACAACAAAGAGGAGGGACGUCCUCCCUCGACGGUUUCAGAGAAGCCAGAUGUGACGCCUCCUUCUCCUCAGUCAGAGAGGAGCUGGUCCACCAGUCCAACACACUCCCUCUACAAUUCCAGGACGCACCGGAAACAGCUCCCAGACCUCCGACGUACCUCCACUGCCUCCGUGGAUUGGCCAGACGGCAGCAGGAAGUCGGAUACUCCUCUAAGUAAUCAUGACCCUCGUACAGCAGUGCAGCUCCGCACUGCACUGAAGAGGCUGAAGGAGAUAAUGGAGGGAAAGAGCCAGGACAGCGAUCUGAAGCAGUACUGGAUGCCAGACAGUCAGUGUAAAGAGUGUUACGACUGCAAUGAGAAGUUCACAACCUUCCGCCGUCGCCACCACUGCCGCCUCUGUGGACAGAUCUUCUGCAGCCGCUGCUGCAACCAGGAGAUCCCUGGAAAGUUCAUGGGCUACACGGGUGACCUGCGGGCUUGUACGUACUGCAGGAAGAUAGCGCUGAGCUACGCUCACUCCGCUGACUCGGGCUCCAUUGGAGAAGACCUGAGCGCCUUGUCUGACUCUCCCUGCUCCGUGCUCGUGUUGGAGCCCAGCGAGCCUCGCACACCUGUGGGCGGACGGAAAGCCAGCAGGAACAUCUUCCUCGAGGAAGACCUGACCUGGCAGAGUAUGAUUCACCAGGAACAGCAGAACAGUGGCCUGACUUCCCGACUGACAACGCUACAAGAAGACAUCGGGAAAUCGCCUGCGAGGAAGAGGUCUGCCAGUGUGACCAACCUGUCGCUGGAACGCUCCGGAUCCUCCAUGGUGCCGUCGUACGACAGCUCCGUCAGCCCGCCUGCCAGCCGAGCCAUGUCCGGCACCACGAGUGGCAGCAAGCUGGACCACAGCGAGGAGGAGAGGAAGAUCCUGCUGGACUCCUCCCAGCUGAAGGACUUGUGGAAGAAAAUCUGCCACAACAGCACAGGGAUGGAGUUCCAGGACCACCGAUACUGGCUGAGGACCUACCCCAACUGCAUUGUGGGAAAAGAGCUGGUCAACUGGCUGCUGAGGAAUGGCACCAUCUCCACCAGAGCCCAGGCCAUCGCCAUCGGCCAGGCGUUAGUGGACGGGCGCUGGCUGGAAUGCGUCACGCACAACGACCAGCUGUUCAGGGAUGAGUACGCUCUCUACCGCCCCCUCCAGAGUACAGAGUUCUCAGAAACGCCGUCUCCAGACAGCGACAGUGUGAACUCUGUGGAGGGACAUUCAGAGCCAUCCUGGUUCAAGGACAUCAAGUUUGAUGACAGCGACACAGAGCAGCUCGCAGAUGAGGCCGACUACACCACGCCCAACUCUGCCAGCCCCAGCAAGAGAACAUCUGUCAGCAGUUUCCAGUCGGUGGUGGACAGCGACUCCGCCGCCUCCAUCAACCUCAACAUGGAGCAAAACAACGUCAACUUCCACAUCAAGAAACAGGCCAAGUAUCCACACGUGCCGCCCGCCGCUGAGAAAGCUGAAUAUCUGGUGUCUGAGGAUGGAGGGCAGAACAUCGUCAUAAGUGAUGCCUUCAUUAAGGAGUCUCUGUUCAACCGUCGUGUGGAGGAGAAGGCCAAAGAAAUGCUGUUCACUCCGCUGGGUUGGCACCACAGCUCUCUGGAUCAGCUCCGAGAGGAGAACGGAGAGAAGAAGGCCAUGGAGAGGCUGCUCUCUGCCAACCACAGCCACAUGAUGGCGCUGCUGCAGCAGCUGCUCUACAGUGAGUCUCUAUCUCUGUCCUGGCGGGACAUCAUCGUCCCCGUGGUUCGCCAGGUGGUCCAGACGGUGCGGCCCGAUGUUCGCAACUGCGAUGACGACAUGGACAUCCGGCAGCUGGUCCACAUCAAGAAGAUUUCUGGAGGCAGGAAGUUUGACUCGAUGGUGGUCAACGGCUUCGUAUGCACCAAGAACAUCGCCCACAAGAAGAUGAACCCCUACAUCAAGAACCCCAAAAUCUUGCUGCUGAAAUGCUCCAUCGAGUAUCUGUACAGGGAGGAGAGCAAGUUCUCCUGCAUCGACCCCAUCGUGCUGCAGGAACGAGAGUUUUUGAAGAACUAUGUGCAGCGUAUAGUAGACGUCCGUCCAACCCUGGUGUUAGUGGAGAAGACGGUGUCUCGUAUUGCUCAGGACAUGCUGCUGGAGCACGGCAUCACGCUGGUCAUCAACGUCAAGCCGCAAGUCCUGGACCGGGUGAGUCGUAUGACCCAGGGAGACCUGGUGAUGUCCAUGGACCAGCUCCUCACCAAACCUCGUCUGGGGACCUGCCACAAGUUCUACAUGCAGCCCUUCACUCUGGCCAACAACGAAGCGAAGACUCUGAUGUUCUUCGAGGGCUGUCCUCCUCAUCUCGGAUGCUCCAUCAAGCUUCGCGGCGCCUCCGAGUACGAGCUGGCGAGGGUGAAGGAGAUCAUCGUGCUGAUGGUGUGUGUGGCCUACCACUCCCAGCUGGAGAUCUCUUUCCUCAUGGACGAGUUUGCCAUGCCGCCCAACCUGGCCCAGAGCACCUCGUUCCCCUGCCUGCUGGAGAGCACCUCUGCUGAGGAGGAGGAGGAGGAGGAGGAGGACGAGGAAGAGGUGGAGGGAGAGAGCCUGGAGGAAACUGCAGGGACUGAAGACUCCACACUUGGAGGACAACCUGAGGAGGAAGGGCUUACCCCGGAGUCUUCAUCCAAAAAUGGAGAUAUCGACAGUCUCCAGGACAAACAGAACCCCAGCUCGCCCUCCUCUGUCCAGGAGGAGGGGGCCGGUAACGCGGAGAAAAUGACCUCCUCGCCAUUUUCCAGUCACCUCGCACCGACUCUGACGUUCUCUCUUCCGUUCCUCAUCGAGGAGGACCAGGAGACGAGCUCAGACACUCUCAUCAUGGUCCCCGAGGAGGACACGGGGGUAGAGGGCAGCCUCGUGAAGGGGGAGUCCCAGGAUAUGGACGACGGGGAUAGCUCCGAGACGACGACUACUCCCAGGUUGUUCCGAGACCCUCUGCAGGACGAUACGGGAAUGUUUGUGGCCGAGCAGGUGGCGUCGACCGAUGACCGUCUGAAGACCAUCUCGGCCGUUUUCAAGCAGGAGCUAAAGGACAUCAUCCUGUGCAUUUCCCCCUUCAUCACAUUUAAAGAACCGUUUCUUCUCAAGCCGGCCGGCAUGCACUGUCCCAGCAGGGACUACUUCCCCGAACAGGUCUACCUGUCUCCUCUCCUCAACAAGGACUUCAAGGAGCUGGACGGGCGCAGAAAGCGGCAGCUCCUUAAAGACUCCGCCCCCUCCUCUCUGGUCAGCGGACAGACUAAUGGCACCCCGCAGCCGAAGCCCAUCGACGUCCUGCCCUCGCACAGUCUCACUAGCACCCGCAUUAUAGAGCAGCUGAGCGGCAGCCAGGAUCUGGCCAAGAUGCUGGCGGACUACAGAGCAAAGGGAGGUCGCAUCCGACAGAGAGAAGCCUCCGACCCCUUCAGCGUCGCAGCUCCCGUCAGUGUGCAGAGCAGAGCGGCGGACGCACCGGUGAAGCCGCUGCUGAAGACGCUGCUGAAGACAGACAGUGAAGAGGAGAAGACGGGCAAACUGAGUGACGUGACCUGGGCCCCCAAGCUGGACUGUCUGAACCCCGUCAACCAUCAGAGACUGUGUGUGCUCUUCAGCAGUUCGUCAGCUCAGUCCAACAACGCGCCCAACCCCUGCGUCAGCCCCUGGAUUGUCACGAUGGAGUUCUACGGCAAGAAUGACCUCUCUCUCGGCGUAUUCCUGGAGCGAUACUGUUUCAGGCCGUCUUACCAGUGCCCCAGCAUGUACUGUGAGACUCCCAUGGUGCACCACAUCCGGCGGUUUGUGCACGGCAGCGGCUGUGUGCAGAUCGUGUUGAAGGAGCUGGACUCCCCUGUGCCCGGGUAUCAGCACACCAUUCUCAACUACUCCUGGUGCCGCAUCUGCAAACAGGUGACUCCAGUGGUGCCGCUAUCCAACGACUCGUGGUCCAUGUCUUUCGCCAAAUACCUGGAGCUUCGCUUCUACGGCCACCAGUACACCAGGAGGGCUAACGCGGAGCCCUGCGGACACUCCAUCCACAAAGACUACCACCAGUACUUCUCCUACAACCAGAUGGUGGCCUCCUUCAGCUACACUUCUGUGCGGCUGCUGGAGAUUUGUCUUCCUCGUCCCAAGAUCUUCAUCAGGAACCUGGGACCUUCGAAACCCAACAUGCAGCAGGACCUGAAGGACUUCUCUCUGAAAGUGACUCAGGUGUAUCUGGCCAUAGACGACCGCCUCACCUCCCUGAAGACCGACACCUUCAGUAAGACGCGAGAAGAAAAGAUGGAGGACCUCUUCGCUCAGAAAGACAUGGAAGAGGCAGAGCUGCGGAGCUGGAUCGAAAAGCUUCAGGCGCGACUACAGGCCUGCGGUCUGGAUUCUGCUCAGCAGGUGCAGGCGGUUCUGGAGUCGCUGGUGAUGAAGAAACAGAGUCUGUGUGAGAUGUUAACGUCCUGGAACAGCAGGCUGCAGGACUUGUUCCAGCAGGAGAAAGGAAGGAAGCGUCUGUCUGUCCCCCCCAGCCCCGGCAGGCACCGACAGACCACCGCUGACGACAGCAAGAGCGCCCUGGAUUCCUCCCCCCGUAACCCCUCACCUGUUGUCCAGAAUGGUGACAAAGAGGACCGUCACCUCUGCACGCUAUCCUCCACCUCCUCCUCCUCCCUGCUGCCGUCACCAGGAGAGGCUGAACCGUUCACACCUGGUCCCUCCUUCACUGAGCAGGACUCUGUCAGCAUCCCAGAAGACGUGUUUGACGGACACUUGCUGGGCUCCACUGACAGUCAGGUGAAGGAGAAAUCUACCAUGAAAGCCAUCCUGGCCAACUUCCUGCCCGGCAACAGCUACAGCCCCAUCCCCUUCCCGUUCGACCCAGACAAACACUACCUGAUGUACGAACACGAGCGGGUUCCCAUCGCAGUCUGCGAGAGAGAGCCGAGCUCCAUCAUCGCCUUCGCUCUCAGCUGUAAGGAGUAUAAGACGGCUCUGGACGAUCUGUCAAACGCAGGCGGGGAUGAGACUCCACAGGUCAUCAGUGCUGGGGAGAGUCGGGCUAAAAGCAGCCCGGCCCGGCCCAGUGAGUCGACCUCGUCCCAGCAGAGCCGCAGCAGCACGGACGCCGAUCCGCUCAAGGACGCAGACUUGGCAGAUAAACAGAAGAAACAAAUCCUGAAUCCACACGUUGAGCUGCAAUUCUCCGAUGCCAACGCCAAGUUUUACUGUCGCAUCUACUACGCCGAGGAGUUCCACAAGAUGCGCGAGGAGAUCAUGGAGAGCAGCGAGGAGGACUUCGUCCGCUCGCUGUCGCACUGUGUCAACUGGCAGGCGCGAGGUGGAAAAUCUGGAGCCGUUUUCUACGCAACAGAAGAUGACCGGUUCAUCCUGAAGCAGAUGCCCAGACUGGAGGUCCAGUCCUUCCUGGACUUUGCCCCUCACUACUUCACCUACAUCACCGGAGCUGUGCAGCAGAAGCGGCCGACUGCGCUGGCGAAGAUCCUCGGUGUUUACAGGAUCGGCUACAAGAACUCUCAGAACAACACGGAGAAGAAACUGGACCUGCUGGUGAUGGAAAACCUUUUCUAUGGACGCAAGAUGGCUCAGGUGUUUGACCUCAAAGGCUCCCUGAGGAACCGCAACGUGAAGACGGACUCGGGGAAGGAGAGCUGCGAGGUGGUUCUGCUGGACGAGAACCUCCUGAAGUUGAUCCACGACAACCCGCUGUACAUCCGCUCCCACUGUAAGGCCAUCCUGCGAGCCGCCAUACACAGUGACGCCUACUUCCUGUCCAGCCACCUCAUCAUCGACUACUCCCUGCUGGUGGGGCGCGACGAUGCCACGGAUCAGCUGGUGGUCGGGAUUAUAGAUUAUAUCAGGACGUUCACUUGGGACAAGAGGCUGGAGAUGGUCGUCAAGUCCACGGGAAUCCUCGGAGGUCAAGGGAAGUUGCCCACUGUGGUGUCUCCGGAGCUGUACCGAGCUCGGUUCUGCGAGGCCAUGGACAAAUACUUCCUGAUGGUGCCGGACCACUGGACCGGCCUGGGCAUCAACUGCUGAGCGGCGCGUGUCAGAACUACAGAAGCGGACAGAUACUCGCUCUCCUCGGCGUGAGAGUUCAACGCGAGCACACUGGACACGUGCGGACUAAAGCCCGGAUGUAAAUACACGGUGUCGUUCCGGCAGCGACCAGACGAUGUAGAUCCGAUGUCAUCAUUUCAGUUUCAUCAGAUAAGAAUUCAAGGUCGUGUUUAUUUCACGAGGACGCGCUGGAAACACGCGGUCGUGUGGAUUAUGGUUUGGUAAACGAAGCGGUGUGUAAUUUAAAGUUUGUAAAUGUACAGAGAUUAUGAAACCAUUAAAGAUUAUUAACACGCAGUUCUUCACCACGUCCUGUUCUCCUGAUCGUCUCCCUGUAAGUGAUGUUUGUUACUGUGCAGAGUUUUAGAAUUGUACAGUUUAUAGAAAAUGAACAGCGUCGCAUCAGGAACCGGUAAGAACAUCUUCAGAGUGUCCGGGUGAAGCUCGUCUCUCUGGUGUUAUAACACUGAUCCCACGUCAGUCUGACUGCAGCUCACAGGGUUCACUGAAAAUAACAUUAAUAAUCUGCACAAUUUUUAUUCUGGGAUUAUGAUGCAAAUAAAACCUUUCUGGAAGAAGUUCCUCUAAAGACCUGGUGGAGAUGUUUCCAUACAAAGCUUCACAUCAACAUAUAAACAGAAGCUGUUCAAUUUCAUAUCAGUACCUGAAGCUCACACACACACACACUCACACCCUCACACCCUCACACCCUCACUCACACUUAAAGGAAAGGUCUGGAGAUAUUCAAUAAUGUUCUUGUCUGCAGAGUUAAAAGCCUGAUGUACAUGUGUGUUCUUCCUCUGUGUCCAAAAACUAUUAAAAGCACAUGAAUGCGCCUCACUGCUG